AUGCAAAAUCUUGUCUGUUGUCUUAUUUUCUUUUCAACGUUUCGAGGGAUCAAGGGAGACAUUGUUAAUAAUGGAGCACAGGAGAAUAUUGCAUCAGAACCACGGCCAUUUUGGGAUGAACACAAUUUUGGAGAAAGUGUAAUUACAGAACAGGACGAGUUUGAGGACGAUGAAGAUUUUGAUUAUAGACUAAGGAAAGGUUCAAUGGAACAUAUAAAAUUGUAUAAAGAAUUUUCAGAGGCACAGCGGAAAGUAAAUAAGUCCAAUGAGAUGGCAUUACAGAGCAAAUCCAGGCAAAGGAGGGAUGAUUCGGUGGAUGUUCUUGAAUGUCUACAAUGUUACGGCUCAAACUCAGGCAUGAAUAUAAGUAUUGCUGAUGAAAACUGCUACAGUGGUAUCAAUGUAUCGUCGAACGAAUGCCGUGCUGAUGUCACUCGUAAUCAUCAAGAAUGUUUUAUAGAACUUCAUCCUUUUUAUAUAAAGCGAGGUUGUUAUGAUCCUCUUAAACUCAAUGUAACAUUUUAUUGCAAAUGCACACUAUGCAACGAUAAACCAGGUGAAAAGCGCGAGUACUUCGUGUAUGAGCAUAUAAAGGAUUGGUCCUAUGACAACAGAAGACUGCAACAACCGAACUUGCCAGGUGUUGUUACAGCGUGUAAAUAUUGCAACACGACUGGUGUUGGUUACUUUCAAACUUGCUUGGACGGUACAAGUGUAGAGUAUACAAUUUGCGAUGAAGGACAAAUGUGUUUUACUCAAAUAGACAAGACUAAAGGUUCAAUAAGUCGUGGGUGUGCUAAUAAACCAGCCUACAACUCUUUCCUCACAUUCUGCAACCAAAGCUCCUGUAAUGAUAAAAACUAUUGGGAUUCUGAUGUAGCAUUCCAAUUUGCGAAACCAAGAAACAGGACGCACAUGGUUUUAAAACUUUCAGUUCCUUUAACAGGAUCUAAUACAGGACGUAAAGUGAACGAUAUACUGCUUCUUGUUCCUUUAAUAAACCUAUAUUAUAUGUGAAUACUCUUUGAAAUAAUUACCUUUGACAAUCAAGAAUGUCAAGAUUAUAUUCUUGUCAGAGUUGACUGUCAUGUCGAAAAUAAGCGCUCGUUAUACAAUUUUGAAUAUUUUUAUUUUAAUAAUAUGCGUGGAUUGCAAUACAACAAUUUCAAAUGUAGACGACAACAUUAUUUUAGCUUACGAAACGAAAGACAAAAUUGACACCACUACGUUACAAACGAUUGUUGAAGAUGCGCAAAGUGAUUUGGUAUCGGAUUUUUUUGGCCAUAUUAAAGAAAUAUUUGAACCUGACGGAGUUAAUACAAGUUAUGACGGAAACUCAAAUGAAAUACCGGGAAAUAAUAAUGAGUUUGCUCUAACAAUAUCCCCAGCAAAGGAGUUGUUACAAAGAUUUAGACACGUUACAAAAAAGAAAAACAAAAUUCUUGCAAUGUUUGAAAACAGUACAUUACCUUCUACAAAAUAUUAUACUUUUAAAAUUACCGAUCCAGAUAUAAUAAAGAAAUACAAGUUACUAAAAAGUACUAAACUAACUUCUAUAGACGCAACGCCUUUGUCGUCAACGCGUACAAAAACACGAUACCGAAAGUAUUUUGAAAAAGCAAUAUCGCCACGUAAAUCUGAAGAACAUGAUGAGCUUCUGGAAGACGAGACAAGCCUUGGGCCACUCCCUAUCGAAAGUGACGAAGACAUAGAUUUGAUGGAUCAACAGUUGAGAAAAUUAUCUUGCAUAUCUUGUGAUAAUGUUAAUAACAAGGAUUGCAAUAAUCCGGGAAACAAAUUACUUCCCUUGAUACGUUGCAAUGAUGGCGGUGAUAGAUGCUAUUCGAUGCAAACACCAUUCGGCAUAGUGGUCCGUGGCUGUUACAACCGUCUACGGAAUCACACAACGUACGUGUGCUCGUGUAA